AUGGAGCAAAUGCGGCAUGAAAGGGACGAGCGAAUCGCUCGCGAGGAAAGAGAUCGUCAAGAAAUGGAGAGACGUUACGAGAGAGACAUGGAAAUAAUGAGAAUGGAACAACAAGAGCGCGCUCGUCGCGACGAAGCUCAAGACCAGAAGAGACGCGAAGACAUCAGGAUGCAACAAGAGGUGAUGGAACGACAGCGACAGGCACACGAGGCCGAAAUGGCCGCCAUCCGGAACCGACCUCCGCCACCCGCACCCAAGAUUUGCUCAAUUAUG